CCCGUUUCCAGAUCCAUUUCUUCUUCCCGCAUUGAGCAGACACGAUGAGCACGAAGAUGGAAGACUCUUCAGCUGUGCGGCGGCGCGUAUCCUGCACCAAAUGCUUCGACGCUCUCUGGUUCUGUUACUGGAUGUCUAGAUGGUCCAACAAAACCAGCAAUGGCGAUGAGACAGGACAAGCUCCAUUUUACCAAAUGCAGCAGUAUUACCGGGUUGGAAAACUUGAUGAUUGUACUCAGAAGUUCUCUGAUCUCUUUGAUUGUCUUUCAUUAAAGACAAAAAGUGCUUCGGAAGCCCAGAAAAUUCUGGAAGAGCGAGAUAAAACAGAUGCAGCCAAACAUAUCUGGAUUAUACGGACACAGGAAGAAGCGUCAAUUCAUUGGAACGAGACUUUUGGGCAUUUGGAUGAUCCAAAUUGUUAGAAGUACAUGCACUUUCACAUUCUCUACUGGAUUCUUGAUGGACAAUUUUUACUUCCAAGAAACUCGAUUUCUGCUAGAGAUCUGCAGGUUGUUCUGCCGGAUAGAUUAUAGAACAAGCUUUUGUCAUCGGUUAAGAUGAACAUUUUGAGUUAAGUUUAUGCCUCAAUCUCCAAAGCAGCGCAUCCGGAAAGAUAGAAGGAUAUUUAGAGGUCAUUUAUUGGACCGUGGAUGUAUUUGGUUGAUUUGUAACAA